AUGCCUAAUUGGAUAGUGGUCGAUGACAACGACCGUCAAGUGGGGUACUCUAGUGGUUGGAGUGUCCUCCGCGGCUCGAGUCGGCAAUGGGCGGAAGCCGUCCAUGUUACAUCCCAGCAGGGCUCCACGGCGACUUUGAUGUUCAAAGGAACCGGCAUCAUUGUCGUUGGAACCAUCCCCGCCGGCUCAGGCGCACAGAGAUGGUCUAUAUCCAUCGAUGGCGGAUCUCCUACGAUCAUAGAACGUCAAGGGGGCCCUCAGGAUGUAUACGAUGACUGGUUCUUCCGAAGGGAAGGGCUCAAUCCAAAUCCAAUCCACACCGUCAUCGUAUCGAACGCUGGAGGCCAGCUUCCCCUUCACUUGGACAAAUUCGAGUUUCUUCCCCCCGAAACGGAUACUAGCCCUGCACCGAUAUACCCACAAACUCCCCAGGCACCCGCUCCUACUCCACCUCCGACCCCUACCCCUACCCCUACUCCCAGGGCCCCUAACCCAACUCCUUCGACCCCUAGGGUCAACCCAAACCCAGCUCCCCAGCCUACACCUCCACUUCCCCGCCCAUCACCGAACCCAGACGACGAUGACCCGGAUACGGACGACGUUGAAACAGACGACGAUGAUGACUCAGGUAACUCGGCAGAUGAUGACGCGCCUGCCCCUUCACCUGACACCACAUCCCUCGCUACAGACACCCGGUCUCCCUCGUUGUCAUCUUCAACGAGGUCAAAUACCCGCUCAGUGAGCGAGACACGCAAUGCUGGUCCAGAGAGAGCAACCGCUGAUACCAUGGCUUCACUCUCUGUCUCUCGAGUUUCGAGAUCGACCGCCUCGGAGAUCGUCGUUACUGUAACUGACUCGCAUGGGGUCGUGACGACGCAAACUCAUGCAGCUGCGUUGUCGAAGGGGAUUCCAGUCGGCGUGGUUGUUGGCGUCGUACUAGGAAUUGUCUUCUUGAUGACACUUUUGACCCUAUGUAUUGUCCUCCUCGUUCGACGAAGGAGACGGAGACGGAAAGAGGUCACUUCGAGGGCAUUCGCUAAUCCUCCAAGGGAAGAUCAGGUCAAUCCCUUCCGAAUUUCUCAAUUCAGCACGAUACCGGUAUCUUUCGGCAAAACGGCCUUGCAGGACCGCGACGCAAGCGAACAUGAAGGAGUAUCUGAGAGUGCCAACAGGUCUAACUCUCCAUUCGGUUUAUCCGCUGCCUCUCCGUAUGCAAACUCGCCUGCAUCCUCGGACGAGAAAGGCGGCUAUCCCGAGCUAACGGGCGCUCCUGAGUCCAACGAUCCGCCACCUGCGUAUCAAGUUUCCCAAGUCCAGUUGGUUCGCUCCACGACGAUGACAGAGAGCACGUUGAGAACGUUUUAG